AUGAAGUUCACCACCGUCCUCCUCAUGGCCGCUGGCGCCCUCGCCGCCCCCAUCGUAGAACGCCAAGCCACUCCCUCAAUGCCCGUCGGCAUCCCACCCUUCCCCACUGGCCCCCGCCCCACCGGUCCCAUGCCAACGCCUCCAGGAGGUUUCCCCGCGUUCCCGACUGGCGCUCCUCCCUUCCCAACUGGCGGCUUCCCUGGCUUUCCCAGCUUCUCAGGCGGUGCGCCUCCGUUCCCAACUGGUGGCUUCCCCAGCUUCCCAGGUGGCGUUCCUCCCAUGCCGACUGGAGGGUUCCCUGGUCGGCCUAGUAGAGGACCAAUGCCGAGGCCUACGAGGAGUGUGCCGGGCUUUUGUGAGUAG